CCUCCAACCACACACAGUCGGUUUAAGCGUUUUGUAGUCGAAAGAGCCUUUUUUAUUUUUAAUUUGUCUCUUUUUUUAUUAUUUCUUGAAAUAAAUAAAUUUAUAUAUUUUUUAUAAAUUUUAAAAAUGAAUAAGUGUAUGAUUGUUUUUGUUGCCCUCUUUGGAGCCGCUCUGGCCCAGGAUUCAUUUAAAUGUCCUGAUGAUUUUGGUUUUUAUCCACAUGAAAAAUCCUGCGAUAAAUAUUGGAAAUGCGAUAACAGUGUUGCUGAAUUAAAGACAUGCGGUAAUGGUCUGGCAUUCGAUGCUACCGAUGAGAAAUUCUUGGCCGAAAACUGUGAUUACUUGCACAAUGUUGAUUGUGGAGACCGUUCACAAUUGGAACCACCAAUUUCUUCCCCUCACUGCUCUCGAUUGUAUGGUAUCUUCCCCGACGAACAAAAAUGUGAUGUCUUCUGGAAUUGCUGGAACGGUGAACCCUCAAGAUAUCAAUGUUCUCCCGGUCUUGCUUACGAUCGUGACUCUCGUGUGUGCAUGUGGGCUGAUCAAGUUCCAGAAUGUAGAAACGAAGAAGUUGCCAAUGGAUUCUCAUGUCCCGCUGCUGGUGAAAUCUCAAAUUCAGGAUCAUUCUCUCGUCAUGCUCAUCCAGAAGAUUGCCGUAAAUACUACAUUUGCUUAGAUGGUGUUGCCCGUGAAUAUGGUUGCCCAAUUGGUACAGUCUUCAAAAUUGGUGAUGGUGAAGGUACCGGAAACUGUGAAGAUCCCGAAGAUGUUCCCGGAUGUGAAGACUACUACGGUGACUUGGAUCUGAAGAGCAUCCGUAAAAGUGAACUCUUAGCCGGAUUACACACACCGGAAGCACGUAACAAAGCACCCAAAGUAAAAGGCACUCCUGCCAAAGAUGCGUAAAUAAGAAGUCUUUCAACUUUAACCAAUACAAAAACUUAAAAAUUACUAAAAAAAAUAGAAACAAAAACUUCUUCCACAGAAACAAAAACAUGAAUCCUUGAUUUUUAAUAAUUUUGUUUGUAAUUUGUGUUUUUAGUUUUCGUUUUGAUUUAUCCAUUUUAAUUUUAUUUAAUUCUUUUUUGUUUGUUAUUUUAUUUUAAUUUUUUUUUAAUUUCGUUUGUUUUAAAUUAAGAACAAAAAGAUAUAAGUCUUAUUCGAAUCAAAUACUAUUGUUAAGUUAAACAUCAAAAUUCAAUACUUAAUUUGCCUUAAAAUACCAACCAGGAUAUAUAGGGUGGUGUCUUAUUUGAGGACACCGCAAAAUUGUUAAGUUAUAAUCAAAAAACAAAAACAAAUGUUUCUUAUAUAACUAAGAAUGGUAGAUAUUCGUAUAUAAAUUUUAAUUUUAUAUAAAAUUCUUAUCUUUUAAUUGAUAGAGAGACUGCUAUUAGAAACAUGAAGAUGUAAAAAACAACAAAGAAUCAGUUUAAUUUUAUUUUAACUGAUUUUGAUUUAUAAAAAUAUGUAGAUCAAAGAGAAAAAUGAACGUAAUGUAAAAACUUAUCGGUUUACGUUACGUUUCAAAAAGUAUGAGAUUACAACAAUAACAAAAAAGCCACAAAAUAUAUACCGAUAAAAAAUGUAAGAACAACAACAAC